AUGACAGAACUCAAUGGCCACAGCGCCAAGCACGGCGUCACCGUUAAGGCGAAUGGGGCUGCGGCGCCGACUGCUAAUGGCAAAGCCUCAUAUGCCUCCAAGCACAAGUUGGCCGACCACUUCAUCGGCGGCAACAAGCUUGAGAAUGCACCAGAAUCCAAGGUCAAGGAUUUUGUUGCGUCGCACGACGGCCACACCGUCAUCACAAAUGUCCUGAUCGCCAACAACGGCAUUGCUGCCGUCAAGGAGAUCCGUUCCGUCCGGAAAUGGGCGUACGAGACAUUCGAUGACGAGCGUGCGAUCCAGUUUACCGUUAUGGCGACCCCCGAAGAUCUUCAGGCCAACGCCGACUACAUCCGAAUGGCCGACCACUACGUCGAGGUUCCCGGUGGCACCAACAACCACAACUACGCAAACGUUGAGCUGAUUGUUGAUGUCGCCGAGCGGAUGAAUGUUCACGCUGUGUGGGCUGGCUGGGGCCACGCGUCCGAAAACCCUGCCCUCCCAGAGUCUCUCGCUGCCUCCCCGAAAAAGAUUGUUUUCAUCGGCCCCCCGGGAUCCGCCAUGCGUUCGCUCGGUGACAAGAUUUCGUCUACAAUUGUGGCCCAGCACGCCAACGUGCCCUGCAUUCCAUGGUCGGGCACCGGUGUUGACACUGUCGAGAAGGAUGCAGAUGGCAUUGUCACGGUGUCUGACGAGGUUUACAAGAAGGGCUGCGUCGAGUCGUGGCAGGAGGGUCUUGAGCGUGCAAAGGAGAUUGGCUUCCCCGUCAUGAUCAAGGCUUCCGAGGGUGGUGGUGGCAAGGGCAUCCGCAAAGCCAUCAGCGAGGACGGCUUUGAGCAGCUCUACAAGGCCGCUGCCAGCGAAAUUCCUGGCUCGCCCAUCUUCAUCAUGAAGCUCGCAGGCAACGCCCGCCAUCUGGAGGUCCAGCUCCUUGCUGACCAGUACGGCAACAACAUCUCCCUCUUCGGCCGUGACUGCUCCGUCCAGCGCCGCCACCAGAAAAUUAUUGAGGAGGCACCUGUCACGAUCGCCAAGCAGCCCACGUUCCGCGCAAUGGAGGAGGCUGCUGUCCGUCUGGGCAAGCUCGUCGGCUAUGUCUCGGCUGGUACCGUUGAGUACCUGUACUCGCACGCCGACGACCAGUUCUACUUCCUUGAGCUGAAUCCCCGACUCCAGGUCGAGCAUCCUACCACCGAGAUGGUCAGCGGUGUCAACUUGCCCGCUGCCCAGCUCCAGGUUGCCAUGGGCAUCCCGCUCCACCGCAUUAGCGACAUUCGUCUUCUGUACGGCGUCGACCCCAAGACCACUACGGAGAUCGAUUUCGAGUUCAAGAACGAAGGCAGCGACAAGAUGCAGCGCCGCCCGACACCCAAGGGCCACACCACGGCCUGCCGUAUCACUUCUGAGGAUCCCGGCGAGGGUUUUAAGCCUUCCAACGGCGUGCUGCAUGACCUGAACUUCCGGAGUAGCUCCAACGUGUGGGGUUACUUCUCUGUCGGUACUGCUGGUGGUAUCCAUAGUUUCUCCGACUCCCAGUUCGGUCACAUUUUUGCCUACGGCGAGAACCGUUCUGCAUCCCGGAAGCACAUGGUCGUCGCACUCAAGGAGUUGAGCAUUCGCGGUGACUUCCGCACCACUGUCGAGUACCUCAUCAAGCUCCUCGAGACCGAGGCAUUCGAGGAGAACACCAUCACCACUGGCUGGCUAGACGAGCUAAUCUCCAACAAGCUGACCGCCGAGCGCCCCGACCCUGUUCUCGCUGUCGUGUGCGGUGCUGCUACUAAGGCCAACCUGGCCAGCGAAGCAUGCAUUGCGGAAUAUCGAGCUGGCCUUGAGAAGGGUCAGGUGCCCUCCAAGGACAUUCUCAAGACGGUGUUCCCGGUCGACUUCAUCUACGAGGGCUUCCGGUACAAGUUUACCGUCACGCGCUCCAGCGCUGACAGCUACACUCUUUUCAUCAAUGGCUCCAAGUGCUCCGUUGGUGUCCGCACUCUCAGUGAUGGUGGUCUGCUGAUCCUCGUCAAUGGACGCAGUCACAACGUCUAUUGGAAGGAGGAGGUCGCUGCCACGCGUCUGUCUGUUGACGGCAAGACUUGUCUGCUCGAGCAGGAGAACGACCCCACGCAGCUGCGGACGCCCAGUCCUGGUAAGCUUGUCAAGUUUACCGUUGAGAGCGGCGCGCACGUCAAAGCUGGCCAAACGUAUGCCGAGGUCGAGGUCAUGAAGAUGUACAUGCCCCUUGUCACCCUAGAGGACGGCAUUGUGCAGUUCAUUAAGCAGCCCGGCUCUACCCUGGAGGCUGGUGACAUCCUCGGUAUCCUUGCUCUGGACGAUCCCAGCCGUGUCAAGCAGGCGCAGCCCUUCCUUGAGAAGCUGCCCGAUCUUGGCUCGCCCGUUAUUGUCGGUCAGAAGUCGUCGCAGCGUUUCUCCUUGCUGUACAGCACGCUCAAGAACAUUCUCCGCGGCUACGACAACCAGACCAUCAUGGCGCAAACUCUGCACGACAUGAUCAAGGUCUUGCGCGAUCCCGAUUUGCCGUUCAGUGAGUGGAAUGCUCAGUUCUCGGCUCUUCAUGCCCGUAUGCCGCAGAAGCUGGAUGCCCAGUUCACCCAGAUCGUGGAGCGCUCCAAGUCUCGCUCCGAGUUCCCCGCCAAGAACCUGCUCCGCACGUUCCACAAGUUCAUUGAGGACCACGUUGCCGCCGAAGACGCUGGCUUGCUCCGUACAACUCUGGCCCCUCUCACCGACGUCCUCAACCUGUACAUUGAGGGAUCAAAGGUUCGCGAGUUGAACGUAAUUCUUGACCUGCUCAACACCUACGCCGACACUGAGCGCCUCUUCUCUGGCCGCCGGUCCCAGGACGAGGAAGUCAUUCUUAAGCUGCGUGACGCCAACAAGGACGACAUCAACAAGGUUGUGGAGACCGUCCUGUCCCACAGCCGUGUUGGAUCCAAGAACAGCCUCGUUCUCGCUCUUCUUGAUGAGUACCGUCCCAACAAGCCUGGAGUCGGCAACGUCGCUCGGUACCUCAAGUCGGCUCUCCGGAAGCUGGCUGAGCUUGAGUCGCGUCAGACCUCAAAGGUUUCGCUUAAGGCCCGCGAGAUCCUUAUCCAGUGCGCUCUGCCCUCUCUGGAGGAGCGUCAGUCCCAGAUGGAGCUGAUUCUCAAGUCUUCCGUCGUCGACUCUCGCUACGGUGAAUCUGGCUGGGAGCACCGCCAACCCAACCUGGAUGUCAUCAAGGACGUCGUUGACUCCAAGUACACCGUUUUCGAUGUCCUGCCCAUGUUCUUUGGCCACGAAGACCCGUGGGUUUCCAUCGCCGCCCUGGAGGUGUACGUCCGUCGCUCUUACCGUGCGUACGUUCUGAAGCAGAUCGAGUACCAUAGUGACGAGAGCGACACGCCUCAGUUCAUUACCUGGGACUUUGCGCUGCGUAAGAUCGGCCAAUCCGAGUUCGGCCUGCCCAUCCAGUCGGCGGCUCCUUCGUCUCCCGCGACACCGACCGAGUUUGGUUUCAAGCGCAUCAGCUCUAUCAGCGAUAUGUCGUACCUGUCUAGGAAGACGGAAGAGGAGCCGACUCGCAAGGGUGUCAUCAUCCCUUGCCGCUACGUUGACGAUGCUGAGGAACUGCUGUCCAAGGCGCUCGACACGCUGCCCGUUGCGUCUAAGCAGCGCCCGCCUCUCCGCCCCACGGGCUCGAGCACUCUCCUCCCUGUGCUCGAAGGUCGUCGCCGCCCGGCGCCGCCUCGCCUUGAGACCGCAGACGAACUGUCGGCCGUCGUUAACGUCGCCAUCCGUGACUCUGAGGGCCGCGACGACCAGGAGAUCUUGAGCAUCAUUAAGCCCAUUGUCGAGGACGUCAAGGAUAACCUUCUGGCCCGCCAUGUCCGCCGUAUCACCUUCAUUUUUGGCCGACAGGAUGCUUCCAACCCCGGUUACUACACGUUCCGCGGUCCAGACUACGAGGAAGAUGACAGCAUUCGCCACAGCGAGCCUGCCUUGGCCUUCCAACUGGAGCUCGCUCGUCUCUCGAAGUUCAAGAUUCGCCCUGUGUUCACGGAGAAUAAGAACAUUCACGUGUACGAGGCCAUUGGCAAGGGUGUUGAGACUGACAAGCGCUACUUCACGCGCGCUGUCAUCCGCCCUGGUCGCCUUCGGGACGAGAUCCCUACUGCCGAGUACCUCAGCUCUGAGGCUGAUCGCGUCAUCAACGACAUCUUUGACGCACUUGAGAUCAUUGGCAACAACAACUCGGAUCUGAACCACAUGUUCCUGAACUUCACGCCCGUUUUCCAGCUGCGCCCCGAGGAGGUUGAGCAGUCUCUGCAGGGCUUCUUGGACCGCUUCGGUCCGCGUGGCUGGCGCCUUCGUGUUGCGCAGGUGGAGAUUCGCAUCAUUUGCACCGACCCGGAGACUGGGAUGCCGUAUCCCCUGCGUGUCCUGAUCACGAAUACCUCUGGCUAUGUUAUCCAGGUCGAGAUCUACGCGGAGCGGAAGUCUGAGAAGGGCGACUGGGUGUUCCACUCCAUCACAGGCACCACUAAGAUAGGAUCGAUGCACCUGCUUCCUGUGUCGACCCCGUACCCGACCAAGAACUGGCUGCAACCUAAGCGCUACAAGGCCCAUCUGAUGGGUACGCAGUACGUGUACGAUUUCCCCGAGGUGUUCCGCCAGGCAGUCCAGAACAGCUGGGUCAAGGCUGUGAAGCAAAACCCCGCGCUGGCCGACAAGCAGCCACCGGUUGGCGAAUGUAUCGACAUGUCCGAGCUUGUUCUUGACGACCACGACAACCUGGCUGAAGUUUCGCGCGACGCGGGCAUGAACACCUGCGGCAUGGUCGGCUGGCUUAUCACAGCCCGCACGCCCGAGUACCCGAGAGGCCGCCAGUUUAUCAUUGUGGCCAACGACAUCACGUACAACAUUGGCUCGUUUGGUCCCAAGGAGGACGGUUUCUUCAACAAGUGCACGGAGUAUGCUCGCAAGCUGGGCAUCCCGCGCAUCUACUUGUCUGCCAACUCGGGUGCCCGCCUGGGUCUCGCCAACGAGCUGAUGCCGUACUUCAAGGUUGCUUGGAACAACCCCGCCAAGCCAGAGCUGGGCUUCAAGUACCUGUACCUGGACGACGCGGCCAAGAAGCAGUUUAACGACAGCGUCAUUACAGAGGAGGUAUCAGAGCAUGGUGAGAAGCACCACAAGAUUGUCACGAUUGUCGGUGACGAGGAUGGCCUGGGUGUUGAGUGUCUGCGUGGUUCUGGUUUGAUUGCUGGUGCCACCAGCCGUGCGUACAAUGACAUUUUCACCGUCACGCUCGUGACGUGCCGUUCCGUUGGUAUUGGUGCCUACCUCGUCCGCCUGGGUCAGCGUGCUGUCCAAGUUGAGGGCCAGCCCAUCAUCCUGACGGGCGCCCCUGCUCUGAACAACCUCCUCGGUCGCGAGGUAUACACGUCCAACCUGCAGCUCGGUGGUACGCAGAUCAUGUACCGCAACGGUGUUUCGCACAUGGUUGCGCGUGACGAUAUGGAGGGCAUCUCGCGCAUUGUUGAGUGGAUGUCGUUUGUUCCUGACAAGCGCAACAACCCGGUGCCCAUCUCGAUCUCCACAGACUCGUGGGAUCGUGACGUCGUGUACACGCCUCCCCAGAAAGAGGCGUACGACGUGCGCUGGAUGAUUUCCGGCAAACAGGAUGGCGCCGACUUCCAGCCCGGUCUGUUCGACAAGGACUCCUUUGUGGAGACGCUGGGUGGCUGGGCUCGCACGGUGGUCGUUGGUCGUGCUCGCCUCGGCGGCAUCCCCAUGGGUGUUAUCGCGGUCGAGACGCGCGCUGUCGAGAACAUCACCCCUGCUGACCCUGCCAACCCCGACUCGAUCGAGCAGGUGGCCAACGAGGCUGGUGGUGUGUGGUACCCGAACUCUGCCUUCAAGACGGCGCAGGCGAUCAACGACUUCAACUACGGUGAGCAGCUGCCGCUGAUGAUCCUUGCCAACUGGCGUGGUUUCUCAGGCGGUCAGCGCGACAUGUACAACGAAGUCCUCAAGUACGGCAGCUUCAUCGUCGACGCCUUAGUCAAGUACGAACAGCCGAUCUUCGUGUACAUCCCGCCUUUCUGCGAACUUCGUGGCGGUUCAUGGGUGGUUGUGGACCCGACCAUCAACCCGACGGCGAUGGAGAUGUAUGCGGAUCAGGAGGCGCGCGGCGGUGUUCUUGAGCCGGAGGGUAUGAUCGGCAUCAAGUACCGCAAGGACAAGCAGUUGGAGACGAUGGCGCGCCUGGAUCCCACCUACUCGGAUCUGAAGAAGAAGAUUGUGGCGGCGCAGAAGGGCGGUGCGUCGAGCGACGAGGUGGAGAAGAUCAAGGAGAAGCUGAUUGCGCGCGAGCAGCAGCUGCUGCCCAUCUACCAGCAACUGGCCAUCCAGUUUGCGGAUCUGCACGACCGCGCGGGCCGCAUGAAGGCCAAGGGCACGAUCCGGGAGGUGCUUGAGCUGCGCAACGCGCGCCGGUUCUUCUACUGGCGCGUGCGCCGCCGUCUCAACGAGGAGUACAUUCUCCGCAAGAUGGCGAGCAUGACGGCCUCGACAGGCCCGUCACCGGCGACGGCAACCAGCCGCUCCGGCACGGACUUUGCUGCGCAGACGCGUGCGCGCCACCUGACGCUGCUGGAGGCGUGGUCGGCGGUGCCGGAGUUUAAGAAGGCGGACCGCGAGGUGGCGCAGUGGUACGAGGAGAACAAGAAGGUAGUGCAGGAGAAGCUGGAGUCGCUCAAGGCGGACGCGGUGGCGUCGGAGAUCCGCGAGCUGAUCCGCAGCAACAAGAAGGACAAUGCGGCGUGGAAGGGCGUGCGCGAUGUGCUGCGGGUGAUGCCCGUGGUGGACAAGGAGAAGCUGCUCAAGUUCCUGUCGGACUGA